AUGGCUGACGCUCGCAAGAAGCAGCUCGCUUUCAACAUCAUCGACUUCCUUCGCACCUCCCAACGCGAUGGGACCGUCAAGGAGGACGAGAGCGAGAGUCUGGAUAUUGCUAUCGAGGUCAUCUCGUCGGCGUUUGGUGUCGACCUGGAGUCUGCCGACGACGUUGCUCAAUAUUCGAUCAAGCCCGCGUCCCUCCUGUCGCUCCUCGACGUGCUCGCCAAGACGAAGAGCAAGGCUACCAGCACUGGCGCUGGCGCUGGUGCGGCACCCGCUGCUCCAGCAGCCAGCGGCCCAACUGAAGAGGACAAGACCAAGGCCGACGCUCUCAAGACCAAGGGCAAUGGCCUGAUGUCGCAGAAGGAGUACAACCAGGCCAUCCAGCAGUACACCGAGGCCAUCAAGUUGAAUCCCAACCCUGUGUACUACUCGAACCGCGCCGCGGCAUACGGCGCUCUCAACCAGCACGACAAGGCGGUCGAGGACGCUGCACGCGCAAUCGACCUCGACCCCCAGUUUGCCAAGGGCUACUCGCGUCUUGGCCAUGCCCAGUUCUCGCUCGGAGAGUUCCAGAAGGCCAUUGACGCGUACGAGGCCGGAUUGAAGCUCGACCCGGCGAACAACAACAUGAAGAGCUCGCUCGCCACCGCCAAGUUGCGCCUCGGCGAGCAGGCCCCGGCUACGGAGCGCUCGGCCUCGCCCAGCGCUCCCGCUGCUGGUGGCGGUAUGCCAGACUUGUCGUCGCUCGCGAGCAUGCUCGGCGGCGCCGGCGGUGGCGCCGGUGGUGCUGGUGGCAUGCCCGACCUCUCAGAGAUGAUGCGCAACCCGCAGAUGAUGGCCAUGGCGCAGCAGAUGAUGGCGAACGGUGGCCUCGAGAGACUCAUGUCCAACCCGAACAUCCGCCAGAUGGCGGAGAACAUGCAGAGCGGCGGCGGCAUGCCCGACUUUAAUCAGCUUGCGUCGGACCCCGCACUGCGCGAGAUGGCGCAGCAGUUCAUGGGCGGACAAGGCGGCGCUGGUGGGCGCUAG